AAAUAUCCUUCUCCGAAAGUCUCGCUGCUUUCGAAUUCUGUCCGAACUUGUUUAAUAUAAGCUCUAAGCAUUGCACGCCAAUGGGAGCAACCGAGAACAUCUGGACCGCCAUGGAAGCAAACCGUGCCAAGCAAAGCGUCAACGGCGUUUCAACCGUCGACGAUUCAAUCCCUCACUCUAAUCUCUUGGUUGAUACCGCUCUUUCUUUUCCCCUCAUGGUCCCUCGCGUCAUCGCGUUGUGUAAGGAUCUGUUUCCGAAAUGGGCGAAUUAUAACGAGUCCUGCUUCUCCGUCGAAACUGUAUCAGGCGGCAUCACGAAUCUUUUGCUAAAGGUUUCUGUGAAGGAAGAAAAUGGAGAAAAUGUGUCUGUAACAGUUAGAUUAUAUGGACCUAACACAGAUUAUGUCAUCAACCGGGAACGUGAGUUGACGGCAAUCAAAUACCUCUCGGCUGCAGGAUUUGGUGCCAAAUUGCUUGGUGUAUUUGGAAAUGGGAUGGUACAAUCUUUUAUAAAUGCACGUACCUUAACUGCAUCAGACAUGAGAAAGCCAAAGCUGGCUUCUGAAAUUGCUAAGCAACUUCGAAGAUUCCAUCAAGUGGAAAUUCCAGGUUCUAAAGAACCUCAACUAUGGGUUGAUCUCUUUAAGUUCUUUGAGAAAGCAUCUUCUCUCCAGUUUGAAGAUACUGAUAAACAGAAGAUAUACGAGACAAUUUCGUUCGAGGAAGUGCAUAGGGAAGCUACACAGCUUAAGGAAUUGGCAGGCCUUCUCAAUGCUCCAGUGGUGUUUGCUCACAAUGAUUUACUUUCUGGUAAUUUGAUGCUUAAUGAUGAACAAGAAAAACUCUACUUCAUAGACUUUGAGUAUGGGUCUUACAACUACAGAGGGUAUGACAUCGGAAAUCACUUCAAUGAAUAUGCAGGCUAUGACUGUGACUAUAGCUUGUAUCCCAGUAAAGAUGAACAAUAUCAUUUUUUUAGGCAUUACUUACAACCUGAAAAACCAUACGAGGUAUCCGAAAAAGAUCUUGAAGCUCUCUAUGUGGAGGCAAAUACGUUCAUGUUAGCUUCACAUAUAUAUUGGGCAUUAUGGGCCAUAAUCCAGGCAAGGAUGUCUCCAAUUGAUUUUGAUUAUAUCGAGUAUUUCUUCUCGCGGUACAACGAAUACAAGAAGCAGAAGGAGAUGUGCAUCUCCCUUGCAAAAUCUCACUUAUCAGGAUCUGGAAAAGCAUAAGAUUCUUAGCGUUUCCCACGAAUAGUCGACUUCUAUACAUCAUAGCUUUAUAUGUCGAGUAUUUUGAUUCCUUCUGUGCUAGUGAUCUUGUUUAGUAUAUUCUCUUUGUGAUUUGUAAGGUUUAACAGAUUGGCAGAAUAAAGCAAUUUCAGGUGACCGUCUCGA